GAAUUUUAAUAUACCUGAGUUUAAUUCCUACAUUUCAUAACUAAACAAUGGCAACCGAAGCAUCUGGAAUGUGGGAUUCAACGACUACUUUGGAUCCAGGCCCUCAUCCCGUAAUUAUCACUACGACAAAGCACUGGUGGAUCCCGCAAGUAGAAAUUCCUUUCCUGAUAUUGAUAAUACUGGUUGGUUUGAUUGGAAACAUCAGCAUCAUCGGCGCGAUUGUCCUUGAAAAGAAAUUGAAGUUUGUCGGAAAUGCAUUCAUCGUGAAUCUUGCAGUCGCUGAUUUAAUAGUGACUGCUUAUGUUGUACCGGGGAUUCUCGCCAACGAAAUCGCAGACAAGAAUCUGUUCUCGCUCGGAGCCUGCAAUUUCACUGCACUUAUUGUCUCUGUCAGUUGCUUGGCUUCGAUGUACAGUCUUAUGUGCGUCGCGAUUAACAGAUACAUUGCCGUGGCGCACAGCAACUGGUAUACCGACAUAUUUACAAGGAAAAAGGUUGCAAUUUUCAUUGGAAUCGUUUGGAUCUGGUCAUUCGUUUUGUCGAUUCCACCAGCUUUUGGUUGGGGUGAUUACAAGUAUCAUGGAAAAAUACAUAUCUGCAUGUACGACUGUAACACAAAGUUCUUCGCCUACACAACAACUUUCAUAUCUCUAUCUAUAUUUGUACCAUUCACGAUUACAUGUCUCUGCUAUCUUGGAGUUUAUCUCGUAUUCAACAAAAACAGAUCUCGAGUUCGCAGCAUGUCUAAUGGAGACAGGAAACGCAGUGGAACCACAAUGUCAACUACUGAAACCGGGACCGAAAUCAAAAGAAAUAAAUCGAGAAAGUCAACAAAAAGAGAAAACAACGAAAAACGUCUUGUGGUGACAUUGUUUGCUGCUGUCGUUCUGUUCACCAUAUGUUGGGUUCCGUACGCUCUUAUUAUUUUGAUAAACCAUGAUGCUCCUGCUAUAUACAAACGAAGUGCUGCAUGGCUUGCUUUUACCAACAGUGCGAUGAACAGCAUACUAUACGGCUUGUUGAAUCGUAACUUCAGAACGGGAUACAAAAAGAUGUGGGCAAGAGUAUUUUCAUGCUGUUCCUGUAUUUCAAUCUCAAAGAAAAUGCUUGGAGAAACAUCGGCCACUAAAUCAACAUCGUUUUAUUCUUUGUCCAACCACCGAACUACAAAGAUGAAAUCAGGAAUUGUCGUCGAUUCCGCCAUUCAUUCAACUACCGACGUUUAAAUAAUGAAGCCACCGGAAUUGACC